AUGCGUUUUUAUUUGAAUUUUUCUGAGCAAUUAAGUCAAAUUUGGCUUGAUAAAUAUGUUAUUGUGCUUGUUCUUUUGAUUGUUAAGGUCUACCUUUUCAAGAAUGCCCUUAUAGCUGGCAUCACUAACUGCCAAUUACAAGCGGACCAAGCAUGCCAGUCAAUGGAUGAAUUGCUGAGACAAGCUGGUCUGCUUCCUCAUGCUAUAUCGCAGAUGACCAAUUAUGUUAUUCAACAAUGUAUCAAUAACCUAAAAGGUCAAUUACAGAUGGUUCUUCGCCUUGCUUUGGCGAUCUUAAAAGCACUCAUAGGGUUUGUCAUAGAGGUUUAUCUCGGAACAUUCACUUGCCUUUGUACAGCGUUCGUGAAAGGAACCAUUGAGAUAUUGACAGAUGCUGUAAGGACAGUAACAGAAGGCGUUGAGCAGGUUGUGAAUGAGUUCCUCAAAGGUUUCAAUAGUGCUUUGGAUGGCUUAUCCACGGUCGUAAACGGCUUUGUCACUACAUUGAAAGGCAUCAAAUCCUUCUUCACUGAUGCAGACACAAGUGACUUGUCUUCAGCUGUUGAAACGGUUAAUCUAACAGCCUCCACUAUCAAAAACAUCACGAUUCCCACAUCUUUUAUCGAUGAUUUAUCAGACUUAUCCAACAAGAUUCCAGACUAUGAGGAAGUACUAUCUAAUUUGACUGCAGUCGUAACCCGCCCGAUAGAUAUCCUCAGGAAAGAAGUGGACGCUUUAACUUCUAAUAACGCAACGCUAGAUUUUGCCGAGAUAGAUGCCUAUCAGAGAAGCACAACUAGUAGCACAUGUGAUAAACUUGAUAACGAGUUUAUUUCUAUGAAGUCACUGGUAGCGUCUACAUGCUCUUGGAUUAUAUUGGGGCUUGGUUUAUCAAUUUUGUUUGUUAUUAUGGCCUUGGUCUUUUUGGCUCAUCGUUCACACAGACGGAGAGUCAGGUACAUCGAGGAACUAACCUUAGAAAACAGCCCUGACCGAAUUGGUAACGUUUUGGAAAUUCAACGUAAUCGUUUUGGUAUGAUUUUAAUGAACCUCGAUAUCAACUACCGAGUCAAGUGGCUUCUAAACUAUCUUUCAUCACCAUCAGCAGUCAACUGCCUUCUUUUGGGCUUAGCAGGUCUUUUGAUUGUCGGCUUACAAUACUGGCUUCUAUUGAUAACAUCCAACCGUUUGAAUGCAAUGUUCGACCAUGAAAGUACUCCAGUACACAACGGUACAAUGCAAAGAAACGUUGACGCGUACAUUUCAGAAACUCAAUUUGCAUUAGACAACCUGCUGGAAAGCCUAAACGACGCCCUUUUUGGCUCCAUUGCCAGAACAUCUGAAAGUCUCUACGACAAUUUGAUCGAUGCAGAGAGAUCAAUAAAUGAUACCAUAAAUUCGGUCUUUGGUGGGACCCCAUUCGCGUCACCUCUUCACACUAUUGUCUAUUGCACCAUUGGGAGGAAACUAGAAAAGGUUGAAGACGGCCUUCAGUGGGUCAAUAGAAAUUUAAAGAUUGAAUAUCCUACCCUUCCCGAGGAGAAGAUGAGGAGUUUAAUGACCGAUACCUUGAAUGAUGCUACAAAUGACCAGAUCGCUAUUCAUCGAACUAGUUGUAUCUUGUGUCUUUCUUGGUAUAUGGCUCCUACUAUUGAUUAUUGGGCUCCUAAUUCUAGUAUUCCGGGAGUUCGUGGACAAAAGAGUGCUCCCGAAGGUAAUCAGUAUGCCAAAACCGCUUAG